UGGCUUCUCGAGUUUUGCGGCACUUUGCACGAGGUACGGGUCUACGCGUUUUUCGCAGUCCAUUUUCUAGGUUAUGUCACGCUGAGUCCACAGGCGAUAAAUUAUCGCGAAUUCGAUUCUCAGUGUUGACCGAAGGACGCGCAAUAAAAUCGGCGCACAUAAGGAUCCGGACGAUCCCGAAUACGCGGGUGCCGCUUAUCUGUAAUAAACAACCAUCCAGUCCGAGGGGGUCAAUUUGGAGACGUCGCUGAUCUCGCCUUUGUUCUCGCCGGACGUGAUAAAACGCGAGACGAUCCGCUCCGGAACUCGGAGGAAAAACUAAGAGAGAGAGAAAGAAAGACGCUAUUAUACGAAAUGUCGGCCUCUCCCAUCGCUAGACAGGCUACCCAGAGCCAGAGCAUUCCGUCUAAGAGGAUCGUCAUCCACGAUCCUAAUCAACUGCCCACGGAUUAUUCGUCCACUCCCGGAGGAACCCUUUAUUCCACGACACCGGGAGGUACUCGCAUUGUGUAUGAACGCGCGUUUUUGAUGAACUUGCGAAACUCUCCGGUAUCACGAACACCACCGCGAAACACGUUGAGUAUACCGUCAGAAUUGCUAAAAGGCAGCACACCAGCUAUCACGAGGGAUCCUGCCAAAAAUUCCGAUAAAGAUGUUUUAGUGAUCGAGGAAUCUGCAGAACAGUUUGAAAUGGAUAUGUAAUAAAUAUAAUCUGCCAAUUUUGUUUACUACAACGAUUUAAAAUUUAUUUGUACUUGAGAGUCAAUUUACUCGGAUGACAAGUGCAAGAGUACGGCUAACGUGCUUUAACACUGUGCCUUUUGCCAAUGGCCUUACUAAGAAUUGACAUUUUUUAAAUAAGAUGUUUGACAAAUGCAGCAAAUGCCUUAUAUAUAUGUAUUUCAUUCUCGAUACUAAUUCUUGUCCAAUAUAAUACAUAAUUACGCAUAAAAAAUUCGAUCGUGAAUCUAGAGAUGCUAAUUGUACAUAACGCGAAUUGUACAUGAACAUUUCAGAUUGUUUAACGAUCGUUAAGUCUUCCUUUUAGAAAUGCUGAUGGGAUGUUCUGUAAUCUAUUUCUUAAGAACUUGUAUCUGUGAAUAAAUGACAAAUUUUAUACAGAGA